GGAGAUUUAUCUGUCUUUCUUCAUGGAAGUGGUUAUGUUGUUAGAUAGGAGAGAUCUUUGUCUCUAUGAGAUCAUGUUAAGGGUUUUUUCUCUUGCGUGAAAAGGAAGGAAAAAAAGGAAGAAAAGGGACUUUUCCUCUCUAUCUUUUUACGAUUCUCUGUAUACGUUUCUCGUGUAGAUUAUUGUAUAGCAUAUAGUUGAUUGGGAGAUUUAGAUUGUAGAAAUGGGGAAUGUAUGUGUUCAUAUGGUCAACAAUUGUGUGGAUACGAAAUCGAAUUCAUGGGUUCGUCCCACAGAUCUCAUCAUGGAUCAUCCCUUGAAGCCACAACUCCAGGACAAGCCUCCUCAGCCAAUGCUAAUGAACAAGGAUGAUGAUAAAACCAAGCUUAAUGACACUCAUGGUGACCCUAAAUUACUUGAGGGGAAAGAGAAACCUGCGCAGAAGCAAACGAGUCAGGGACAAGGAGGAAGGAAGUGCAGUGACGAAGAGUAUAAGAAGCGAGCGAUUGCGUGUGCUAACAGUAAAAGAAAGGCUCACAAUGUGAGGAGACUGAUGAGUGCAGGGCUACAAGCAGAGUCAGUGUUGAAGACCAAAACAGGGCAUUUGAAGGAAUAUUAUAACUUGGGUAGCAAGUUAGGUCAUGGACAGUUUGGGACUACGUUUGUGUGUGUUGAGAAAGGAACAGGGGAGGAAUAUGCAUGCAAGUCGAUUCCGAAGAGGAAGCUAGAGAACGAAGAAGACGUGGAGGAUGUGAGAAGAGAGAUUGAGAUAAUGAAACAUCUCUUGGGGCAACCAAAUGUGAUCUCCAUCAAAGGAGCUUAUGAGGACUCAGUGGCUGUUCACAUGGUGAUGGAGCUGUGUAGAGGAGGUGAGCUGUUUGAUAGGAUAGUGGAGAGAGGGCAUUACUCUGAGAGAAAAGCUGCUCAUUUGGCUAAAGUCAUACUUGGUGUGGUUCAGACUUGUCAUUCUUUAGGUGUGAUGCACAGAGAUCUUAAACCUGAGAACUUUCUCUUUGUCAACGAUGACGAGGAUUCGCCUCUUAAGGCUAUUGAUUUCGGGUUAUCUAUGUUUCUCAAGCCUGGAGAAAACUUUACGGAUGUGGUUGGAAGUCCCUACUACAUUGCGCCUGAAGUUCUGAACAAGAAUUACGGUCCAGAAGCAGAUAUAUGGAGCGCAGGUGUGAUGAUUUACGUGUUACUGUCUGGUUCAGCUCCGUUUUGGGGAGAAACGGAAGAAGAAAUCUUCAAUGAGGUUCUGGAGGGUGAGCUUGAUUUGACAUCAGAUCCUUGGCCACAAGUCUCUGAAAGCGCAAAAGAUUUGAUCAGAAAGAUGCUUGAAAGAAAUCCCAUACAAAGACUCACUGCUCAACAAGUAUUAUGCCAUCCAUGGAUUAGGGAUGAAGGAAAUGCACCAGAUACACCACUUGACACAACUGUGUUGAGUCGCUUGAAGAAGUUUUCAGCAACAGACAAGCUUAAGAAGAUGGCUUUAAGGGUGAUUGCAGAAAGGCUUUCCGAAGAAGAGAUUCACGAGCUCAGAGAAACAUUCAAGACUAUAGACAGUGGAAAGAGCGGGCGAGUAACUUAUAAAGAACUCAAAAACGGUCUUGAAAGAUUUAACACAAAUCUUGACAACUCUGACAUCAAUAGUCUUAUGCAAAUACCAACGGAUGUGCACUUGGAAGACACAGUAGACUACAACGAAUUCAUAGAGGCGAUUGUAAGACUGAGACAAAUACAAGAAGAGGAAGCAAAUGAUCGUUUAGAAUCAUCAACAAAAGUGUAAUGAAGUUGGCGUGAAAGAUAUUGUUGUUGUCUGAAGAAGUGUAAUGAGUACUCAAAACUGAUGAUGACGAAUGUAAGUAAAUGUGAUGCAUUCACUCACUUUAGUCUCUUAGAGCUGUUGUUAUAAAAGUCUCCUAAUCAAAGAUCUAGUGUAUUUCAACAUUUCAAAAAACAUAAUCUAUAUAUAAUCUUUAUCUUGUUACACUUUAGACUGUAGGAAACUACAAAAAGAGCCACAACAAAUGACUAUAAGAGAGGAGGCAGAACAAGGAGAAGAUGGACACAAAGAGACCUCAAGAAAGUAAGUUGAUGGAUAAGUUGAUAGAUGGAAAGUCAAAUGAUUUUGAUGUGUAGGUUUUUUUUUGUUUUGUUUAUCAUGUUCUUAUAAAAGUUAGAGCAAAAAAAAAAAUGAAAGAUGUGUUUUGUUGUAUAUAGAAGUUGUAGUAGAAAGGAUAAGGAGACACAAUAAAACUUAGGUGAUGUUGAUGCUCUCAAUACUUUGCCUUUGUGUAUUGACCUUGAGGGUUAUAUUAGGAAUAAGAAGAGUGAUUAUGUAACCCCC